CUCCUUGUCCUGGAUGCGGACGAGUUUCUCAUGUUGCUUCCUUACGCUCGCUUUUCUCGGAGUCCCCCUAGCAUUUGCCGGAGUAGCGCCUCCUCCCCCCCCCAUCAAAACAGGGCUCCAGCGAGACGCCGGGGCCGUAGCACGUGGCCUUUGCAAAAGUGGGAGGGGAAUGACCGCGCUGGCGGGUGAAGAGAAACUCCAUUGUUGCAUUAUCAACAAGUUCAGACCAUGGAACAACGGUCAGUUUCCACUGGCAACCUUUAAAUGAAAAUGGGUGCCAAGCUACUUUAUGCUUAAAUGGAAAGGGUAUCAACUUCUAGUCGGCACGUGGGGUGUCCAACCUAGAGGAACCCUUUCAAAGAAGUUUGUAGUUCGCGCAGCCCGAUCUUAUGAAGGUUUACUUUGAUCUGAGAUUCGUACUACCAAGGGACUGACUUUUAACACGUGCGCAAGGGACUGCAGCUUUACAGCCUGAUCCUGUGGAUGUUUAUGUGAAUGUCUCACUGAGUUGGGUAGCGAUUACUCCCAAGAAAGGUUUGAUUGGAUUAUGCAGCCAAAUGAUAUAGACCAGACAUAAGUACAAGUGAAAAUGUUGAAGAAUGUACAGAUAAACACAAAGGUGUGGGCCAGAAGAUAAUUUGUUGUGGGGGAGGUGUGUAAAAUGGCAGAAAGACCUAUUUGGGAGCAAAUUGGAACAAGCUUUAUACAACUGUAUUAUCAACAGUUUGACACCAAUAGGGAACAACUAGGUUCUCUUUAUACAGAUGCUUCAUGUUUGUCUUGGGAAGGGCAGCAGUUCCAAGGAAAAGCAUCAAUCAUGGAAAAACUUAUGAGACUCCCUUUCCAAAAAAUUCAGCACAACAUAACAUCCCAAGAUCAUCAGCCAGCUCCUGACAAUUGUAUUCUUAGUAUGGUGGUUGGUCAGCUGAAGGUGGAUGAUGAUCCGGUGAUGGGAUUUCACCAGUUGUUUGUUCUCAAGAACAUUAAUGACAAAUGGAUUUGUUCCAAUGACAUAUUUAGGUUGGCUCUGUACAACUUUGCUUGAACCUCCCGUUCUCAAGUAUGUUUUUGAGAUGAUUCAUCUCAAACUUUAUUGAAGCAAAACUUGAUUUAAAAUAUGUUUAUAUUUAGUUUUUUGCUUGGUGAUUGAAAUAACAUGUAUAUCCCAUUUAAAAUGUUAUAUAAACUCAUUAGGAUGAUCACUUUAUUCUUCUCCCCCAUACAUCCGUCACAUAAAACAUCUAGUGUAUAUAAAGUCUUGUAAGAACGCUGUGCUUGUCUAUUUUAACUGCGUUAAAUUUGUUGAAACUUGUGAAAUGGAUUGCUUUUUAAAUGGCAUAUUUAGCUACAAAAUCACCCGCAUAAAGUCCUGUUAGUGGAUAUGAGGAAAUAAAUGCUAUUCUUAAAUA